CCGGAACAACGAAGAUCGAUGAGCUCAGAAAGUAUAAAGCCCUGGGUCGAGAAGUACAGACCGCGUACGAUUGAGGAUGUGGCUGCACAGGAUCACACUAUACGCGUAUUAAAGAAGCAAUUAGGAAAUGCUAACCUACCACAUAUGCUUUUCUAUGGUCCACCUGGUACAGGUAAGACGUCUACCAUUUUGGCACUUUCCAGACAACUAUUCGGCCAAGACCUCGUAAAGAGCCGUGUACUCGAGCUUAACGCGUCGGAUGAGCGUGGUAUAAACGUCGUUAGAGAAAAAAUCAAGAAUUUCGCAAAGCAAGCGCCAAAAGCUUCAACUUCUGCUAGCGUACCAGCCUAUAAGAUUAUCAUCCUCGAUGAAGCAGAUUCUAUGACACAGGAUGCUCAAUCUGCACUUAGACGUACCAUGGAGACUUAUUCAAAAUCCACUCGUUUCUGUCUAGUCUGUAAUUACGUAACUAGGAUUAUAGAACCAGUCGCUUCACGUUGUUCAAAAUUCCGUUUCAAGCCUCUAGAUGAAUCUGACAGCAAGGCUAGAUUAGAAUAUAUAGCACAAGAAGAAAACAUACCUCUCAAUGAAGGUGUAAUUGACGCUUUGAUUGAUAAUACACAUGGUGAUCUUAGACAAGCUAUCACAUACCUGCAAUCAGCAGCAAGGUUGCAUCAAGCAUCAAAUUCCGCCAUCACUGUUGAUACUAUCACUGAGAUAGCAGGAACUAUACCUGAAAAUAUCAUCGAUAACAUUAUCCAAGUAUGCUCAAACAAGAAGAAUUUCAAAGAAAUACAAUCAACAAUAAAGCAAAUCCAUUUGUUUGGAUAUGCAUCGGCGCAAGUGUUGUUGCAACUUCACGAUAAAUUUAUCGAAAACACGAGUAUAUCAGAUACAUCAAAAUCCAAAGCUAUCUUAUCGAUUGCAGAAGCUGACAAAGCCUUGACAGAUGGUGCAGACGAUGAAUUACAAUUACUAAAUCUCGCAAUGAAAUUACAAACAUCAUUAAAUUAAGCUGUUCAAACGAAUAAAUUAAUACACU